AUGAAAAGAGGUUUACCCGGAAUUAUGAAAGACCAGACCUCCAGUGCUUCAAAUUUAAAUUUCUUAUGUGCAGAUAUGCAAGUUUCUGGUCACCAAUGCACAAUGGCAAUAAAUACAAUAUUGGCCGGUNCGCAGGGGAGCAUGUGGCAGGAGAACCGGCGCUUCACCGUGCGGGUUUUGAAGGACUUUGGCUUCGGGAAGAGGGAAGCCAUGGACUCCAUGAUUCAAGACUCGGCCCUCGAUCUCUGCCAAUUCCUCAGGGAGAAUCAGCACAAGCCUAUUGAUCUGGGUCCUUGUCUCAAUCUUGCCGUUCUAAACAUCAUCUGGAAAAUGACUGCCGGUUCACAAUGCAAUUUGGCAAUUUUUCAUGGCGAAUUUUGGCAAUUUUUCGUGCAAUUGUUCAUGCCUAUCUUUCACAGACAAGCAAUUUCCUCACGAGGAUGCGAAGAUGCAGGACUUCAUGAAACGAUUCAUGGAAGUGCUGCACGACACAGGGAUCGUUGGAAGCUUCCACUGAGUUCCUCUGCUGGUGUACCUUUGGCCGCCUGCACUGAAAGCCAGUAG